AUGAGAAGAUUAUAUUCAGUCAUUAAUUUAAAAAAAAAAAGUAAAGUAUUUACUAAUUCAAAUUGUAUUAAACGAUUUUUACAUCUUCAUGAAUAUCAAAGUAUGGAACUCCUAAAGAAAUAUAAAUUAGCUAUUCCUAAACAUGGAGUUGCAACUAAUUUAGAAGAAGUAAAAGAAAUAGGUAAAGAACUUGCAAAACAAAGUCAUAAUAAAGAAUUUAAUUUAGUAAUAAAGGCCCAAGUUUUAACAGGAGGAAGAGGUCUGGGAUAUUUUAAAGAGAAUAAUUUUCAAGGUGGAGUUCAAGAAUGUAAGAAUUUGGAUCAACUAAUUGAUAUAAGUGAAAAGAUGCUUGGGAAAACACUGAUUACUAAACAAACUGGAUUAGAAGGAAAGAUUUGUAAGAAAGUUUUAAUUGUUGAGAAGAUACCAAUUUUAAAAGAAAUGUAUUUAGCAAUUGCGCUUGAUAGGGAAAGUGCUUCUACAUGCAUAAUAUUCUGUCCUGAAGGUGGUACUAGUAUAGAAGAUAAGGCUAAAGAAAAUCCAAAUAAUAUCCAUAAAAUAUGUAUUGAUCCUAAAGAAGGUUUAACAAGAGAUAUUACUAAUAAAAUAAGUAAUAUUUUAUUAGGGGAAUAUUUUGGAAAUAUAAAAGAUAUGAAAUCAGACAAUUUUUUGAAUUUGAAUAUAAAUAAAAAGAAUUUGAAAUACUUUGAUAAAAUAUUUAAAAUGAAUGAAGUAGAAAUGUUAAAGAAUGAAAUGUAUGAAAUUGUUAAUAAGCUAUAUCAGUUAUUUAGAGAGACUGAUAGUACUCUUAUUGAAGUAAAUCCUUUAGUUUUAAAAAAGAAUAUUCCAAAAUUAAGAGAUAAUGAUUCUAUUAAAAAUUUAUUAAUUUGUGAUAUUAAGAUAAAUAUUGAUGAUAAUGCAAGUUAUAGACAAAAAGAAUUAUUUGAUAUAGAGGAUGUAGAACAAAAAGAUCAAAUUGAAGUUGAAGCUGCUAAAUAUGGAUUGAAUUAUAUUCGAUUGAAUGGUAAUGUUGGUUGUAUAGUUAAUGGGGCUGGAUUAGCUAUGGCUACAAUGGAUAUAAUUAAAUUUUAUAAUGCAGAACCAGCAAAUUUUCUUGAUUUAGGAGGUACUGCUCAAAAAGAACAAGUUUGUAAGGCUUUAGAAAUAUUACAUAAUGAUAAUAAUGUAAAAGUUAUCAUGGUAAAUGUUUUUGCUGGAAUAGUUAGAGCAGAUGUUGUAGCUGAAGGGAUUAUUGAAGCUGUUGAAACAUUGAAUAUAAAGAAACCAAUUGUUGUGAGAUUACAAGGAACAAAUAUUGAACAAGCAAAGGUAUUAAUGGAUAAGAAAAAAGAUAGUAUUAAUAUAACAUUUUGUACUGAUCUAGAUUCAACAGCUAAAAAAGCUAUAUCAUAUAUUUAA